UAUAGUAUAUAUAGGUCCACCGUCGUAGAAGCACUACUAUAUAGCUACAUACUUAUUACAUAAUAAUUUCUCAUCAUCAAAAGCAGUUUGGAAGAAGAAGAGAAUAUAUACACAUAAAUAUAUAUAUACAAGUGUUCAUACUUAUAUCAUUAACUUCUGUGGAAUAAGUACUUUUGAUCAAAUGGGUUCACUAAUGUCAGGUUGGGACUCACCUGUUUUCGCUUCUAAAUCAGAAACAAAUAAGCGAAAUCGGAAUCGGUCACUGACUAAAGAAGAUAUUGAAGCUUUUUGGAGAACAAAGAAUAAAACAGUAGAAGAACACCUUAAAGACCUCUCAGAGGCCAAACAACAUCGUCAGAAAAUUGACAAAUUUGAGAAAGACGACUACUCUGGAAAAAAGUCUCAGGUGAAAUCAAGCUCUUUGUCUCUACACAGCCUAAAAGUGGAUGUGGAUAGUGAGACAAGCAUUGAAAAUCAUAUCAAGAAAAAUGGCUGGUGGACUAGAAGUAACUGGGCAUUUCUUAAUGAACCACUGGCAUCUGAAGCUGAAGGACCUCCCAACACUUACGUGUCACAGUUCCACGUGGCUACCUAGUAAAGACCCUUUUCCAGUUAUGGAAUCGAUUAGCGAUCGCCACGAAAGUAGUUAAAUAUUAAUUGUAAUAUAUUUCACUUAAAUUUCACGUACUAGUACGUAGUACUACACGUUAUUACGUGUUAUAAUCUAUAAACUACUUUUAAUUAUGGUUCGAGUUUUAAGUUAUAAUGUGGGGGUUAAAGCUUAAUUAUUAUAGAACAUAAGAUAUAUUAAGUGAAAUGAGUAUGUUGUC